GGAAGCCGUCCCUCCUCCUUCCGCCAUUUUGGCCUAUGCUUCUUGUCGGGUCUGUUCUCUUACCACGUGAAGCACCCGGCCGGGGCCCUGACAGGCCCGGGAGGAGGAGAGGAAGCAGCCACGCCGGUGUAGGCAGGAGCGGUGACACCUGUCCUGUCCCAGGCGCCCAGUGUGAGUCCCCGAGUCAGGACAAACCGAGCGGGUCAGGGGGAGCAGCAGCACGUACGGGCCCGUAAGGACGGGUGAGGAGCGGCCGCGAGAUGCCGAGUGUCAGCCUCCCGCCCAAGGAGAACGCACUCUUUAAGAGGAUCCUGAGAUGUUAUGAACACAAGCAAUAUCGAAAUGGGUUGAAGUUUUGCAAGCAGAUCCUGUCAAAUCCCAAAUUUGCUGAACAUGGAGAAACGUUAGCAAUGAAAGGACUGACUUUAAAUUGUCUUGGGAAGAAGGAAGAUGCUUAUGAUCUUGUACGCCGAGGACUAAGGAAUGACCUCAAAAGUCAUGUCUGCUGGCACGUGUAUGGCUUAUUGCAAAGAUCUGAUAAAAAGUAUGAUGAAGCUAUCAAGUGUUACAGGAAUGCUCUAAAAUGGGAUAAAGACAAUCUGCAGAUCUUGCGGGACCUCUCCUUACUUCAGAUCCAAAUGAGGGACCUGGAAGGUUACCGGGAAACAAGGUACCAGUUGCUGCAGCUGAGGCCUGCACAGAGAGCUUCCUGGAUUGGAUAUGCUAUUGCAUACCAUUUGCUGGAAGAUUAUGAGAUGGCAGCAAAGAUCCUUGAGGAGUUUCGGAAGACUCAACAGACUUCUCCAGACAAAGUUGACUAUGAAUAUAGUGAGCUGCUGCUCUAUCAGAACCAGGUUCUCAGAGAAGCUGAGCUCUACAAGGAGGCACUGGAUCACCUCUGUACCUAUGAAAAACAGAUUUGUGAUAAGCUGGCAGUGGAAGAAACUAAAGGUGAAUUGUUUCUGCGCUUGGGCCGCUUUGAUGAGUCUGCAGAUGUCUACCGAUGUUUGCUGGACAGGAGCCCAGAGAACUGGGCGUAUUACAAGGGUCUAGAAAAUGCCCUUAAGCCUGCCACUAUGGAAGAAAGGUUAAAGAUUUAUGAGGACAGUUGGACGAAGUAUCCCAGGGGUUUGGUGCCAAGACGGUUGCCUUUGAACUUCUUAACAGGUGAAAAAUUUAGAGUCUGUCUGGAUAAGUAUUUGAGGAUGAACUUCAGCAAAGGAUGCCCUCCUGUCUUCAAUACUUUGCGAUCACUGUAUAGUGACAAAGAGAAGGUGGAGAUUAUUGAAGACCUUGUAGUGGGUUACGAUACAUCAUUAAAAAGUUGCCGGCUGUUCAACAUAAACGAUGAUGGUAAAGAAGAACCUCCAACCACAUUACUGUGGGUUCAGUACUACUUGGCUCAGCACUAUGACAAGAUUGGGCAACCUUCUUUAGCCUUGGAAUACAUAAAUGCUGCCAUAGAGAGCACACCGACCCUGAUAGAACUCUUCCUUGUGAAAGCUAAAAUCUACAAGCAUGCUGGUAACAUCAAAGAGGCUGCACGGUGGAUGGACGAGGCACAGGCUCUGGACACAGCAGAUAGGUUUAUCAACUCAAAAUGCGCAAAGUACAUGCUAAAAGCCAAUAUGAUAAAAGAAGCAGAGGAAAUGUGCUCAAAGUUUACAAGGGAGGGAACAUCUGCUGUCGAAAACCUGAAUGAGAUGCAGUGUAUGUGGUUCCAGACUGAGUGUGCACAAGCAUACCGAUCUAUGAACAAGUUUGGUGAAGCACUUAAGAAAUGCCAUGAGAUUGAAAGACAUUUUGUGGAGAUCACAGACGAUCAGUUUGAUUUUCACACCUACUGUAUGAGGAAAAUUACACUUAGGUCAUAUGUGGACUUGCUAAAAUUAGAAGAUGUACUUCGACAACAUCCGUUUUACUUCAAAGCAGCACGGAUCGCAAUAGAAAUUUACCUGAAGCUUCAUGACAACCCCUUAACAGAUGAGAAUAAGGAGCUUGAGGCAGACACUGCCAAUAUGUCUGACAAAGAACUGAAGAAGCUGCGCAACAAACAGAGGAGAGCACAGAAGAAAGCUCAACUAGAAGAGGAGAAGAAGAAUGCUGAAAAGGAGAAGCAGCAGAGAAACCAGAAGAAGAAGAAGGAGGAUGAUGAUGAGGAAAUUGGUGGCCCAAAAGAAGAGCUUAUUCCUGAAAAGCUGGCCAAGGUUGACAGUCCUUUGGAAGAGGCUAUUAAAUUUUUAACACCUCUGAAGAACUUGGUGAAGAACAAAAUAGAAACACAUCUAUAUGCCUUUGAAAUUUACUUCAGGAAAGAAAAAUUCCUUUUGAUGUUGCAAUCUGUGAAGAGAGCGUUUGCCAUAGACCCAAAUCACCCUUGGCUCCACCAGUGUUUGGUCCGUUUCUUUAGUGCAGUAUCCGAGAGCAAAGAACUAAAUGAAUCCGUUAGAACAGUGUUAAAACAAGAGAUGAACAGACAUUUUGGUGAAACCAGUCCUGCAAACUUCAAUAAUGCUUUCUUGAAAGAGAAUAUUGGCUCAAUACCACACAGAUUAUCAGCUGCCAAAAUGAUGUAUUAUCUGGAUCCUCCUAGUCAGAAACGAGCGGUGGAGUUGGCAAUUGCAUUGGAUGAAUCACUCACAAACAGAAGUCUCCAGACGUGCACUGAGGUGCUAGAAGCCUUACGUGAUGGCAGCUUAGGAGACAACAAAGAAGUUGCUGAGUCUUACAGAGCAAGCUGCCACAAGCUGUACCCUUAUGCUUUAGCUUUCAUGCCGCCUGGAUAUGAGGAUGACAUGAGUAUCACAAUUAAUGGAGAUAGUUCUGCCGAACCAGAGGAACUGGCAAACGAAAUGUGAACAGCUGAUAUCGAACAGACAUUGGACCAUAUCAACAAUCUAAUAUUUUUGUCACGCACCUGCUGUAUUGCUCUGUAACUUAUGUGGAGAUUGAAAGGAGUAAAAGAGUUGUUGCCUUUAAAGAUUGUUUUACUUUUUUUUUUUUUUUAAUGUUCUAUAUCCUGCUGCAGAAAAACAUACAAUGUAAGACAGGAUAUGGGUGGAGCGAGUUCUUAAAAUUAACCUUUUGCUGCUAAAAUUUGAAGAGGGAAUAAAAGGUGAAUAAAAUGCUGUUUUUUAAAUGAAUAAUUUAUGGGCACCGUAAGAGGGUGUUACAGUGGUCCGAGCAGGUGUGUGGCAGAAAUAUUAUCUUAACCCCCUUUAAUGAGAGAUCACUGAUCUCAGACAGCACGCUGCCAAUAAUGUCAGAGGGGCCUGCAGCAUAAACUGAGUUCUGCAGACGCCUCAGACGUUGCACAGGGUCAGGUUGCUGUUUUAGCACUGGAUUCUUCUUUUUUUUUUAUUAUUGGCACAAGAGAUACUCUGGGCUAGGCUAUCUGAAAUACUCCACAUGAAAUGCAGUUUGCUGAUAGAAUGGAAGUGUGAUCUACAUGUUAUAUAAUAAAGUGAGUAUCUUGAGAACCUAAGGA